AUGGCCGAUCAAUCAUUGACUGUCCAAGAGAAAGGUUGGGUCGAGGCGAUCGAGAGAUCCGAAUUGAACAUCGCGAAGCUGGACGAACAGCCCUCGGAGGCCAGUGGUGCUGGCGCAAGUUUCGUUCGCAACAGCAAAAACUCCAGGAUCCAGGCCGAGAAGACCAGGUUGUUCGGUUUAUGGCUCGAACUAGUGUAUUGUCGUUACCUGAUGGCCGACCCAGAUAACAAGUACAACGAGAAGUCCGGCCCAGUUGGGCGGAACUUCAACUAUACGGGCAAAGCGCCGUCUGACAACGAGAACUCGACCAUCCUCCACACAGACGAUGACUUCAGACUGCUUCGGAAGAUGGCGACGGAGACAUUCAAGCACCCCGCCAAUUCACCGGACAAGCGUCUGGCAGUCGACGCCAGUGCGAUAGGCAGAGACGGGAAGGGCCGUAUGCAAGUGAAUCAUUUGACGGUGCAGAACAGGAUUGAGAGGGAUCUCAAGAAGACGGCUGACGCCGACACUCCGACGAUUGAGAUCAAGUCGCAAGCCACCGCCCGACGCAACGAGGGGUUCCCCUACGUCAUCGAUCUACGAGGCCAGGAACCGCCCUCAGCCGACUCGACCGAGUCAAUUCAGGCAGUUCUCAAUGACCAACCUCAGGCGUCUGUCCAUGAUUUGCAGCCAGGGCAGCUAACGUUGAGCACCGGAAACCUGGAGCAUUUUGCGGGCCAGGUCAGCAUGAAGGACAAGAAGAGGGUCUGGAAGACUCGCAUGGUCCCGAAGACCAUCUACAUCCUCAAGGACCCCGUCACCGAGGAUAACGAUGAUGAUGAUGAUGUCGGUCCAGUCAUGCAGUUUUCCAAGCGCCAGAACGACGACGAAGAGACGUCCAACAAGCGUCAAGCUACAUAG